UUCACCAUGAUGACUCUCACAAUAUGUAUAAAAAAUACUCAUGUAACAUAUGAUAUAUGCCUGAGUGCCUUAUAUAUUGACUUAAUAGGCUUCUAUUCCGUUCCACAGAUAAUCUCAUGGAGUAUGAUUUCCCAAACAUAUUACCUUUUGAGAUAACAGAGAUCAUAUUAAAGCUUCUCAAUGCAAAAGAAUUGUCAAGAUUUCAGAGUGUAUGCUGGAGAUGGAGGGAAUUUGGCAAUUCAGAUAGUUUAUGGAUUCAUUUCUGUAUGAAAAAAGGUUGGCUGAAGUAUGGUGUGAACAAUGAAAUCUUGAAAGAAGAGCCACUGUUCCCCCGUGCUACCAACGUUUCAGGGAAUUCUCCGCUCUUUGAUCUUCGAACCCCGGAUGUAACUAGAUUUUCUCCAAUCUGCAAAUGGAAGCAUUUGUUUUUGCGUUUGGGCCAUCUGGACAAGAACUGGAGUAAAGGUCGUUAUAAUGUGGCGCCAGUUCUCAGAGGACAUAAGGACAAAGUUACAGCUUUUGAUUGUGAAGGUCACUGUCUUGUGAGCGGGAGUGAUGACCACACUGUGAGAGUGUGGGACCUAAGGACUUGUACUUGCAUCCGCCGUAUAGGAGGCCACUCAGACUCUGUGACAGCUGUGAGAGUAACUGGUAACAUGGCAAUAACUGGUUGUGGAGACAGUGCUGUGCGUGUGAUUGACAUUUGCACAGGCAAAAUAGUGCUCACUUUUUUCGGCCAUGGAGGCAGUGUAGAUCACAUCCAUGUUGUUGGUUCCAAUGUGAUCAGUGCUGGGUCUGAUAGAACUGUAAGAGUUUGGUCCCUUACAACAAAGGAGCUUGUCCAUGUCAUGCGACUUCACACUGAUGAAAUUGAGUGUAUGGCAGUCCACGGGAGGCAUGUCGUCACCGGCUCAUGGGACAAUUCUCUAGUGCUGUGGGACAUUGAGAGUGGAAAGAGCGUCCAUCAGUGUGUAGGGCAUGAGGAAGUGGUCACCUGCUGCCAGUUUGAUGCCAAGAAAAUCGUGAGUGGCAGUGCUGACGGCGAUGUCCGGAUCUGGAGCUGUCUCAGUGGCCUCUCAGUCCGAAUUAUGUCUGGACACCAGCAAGAAGUGGCCCAGAAGAAGCUGACAGUUCUACACAGACAUCCCUCCAAGCUGCACCUGAUGUGGGUAGGAAAUACAAAACUGAUCACCGCCUCUCCGGAGAAAACUGGCACACUUACUGUGCUCUCAUUCUGGUGACGUAGAUCCGAUCUGCCUGAAUUCUUCCAGCGUCGCAGUGCGUGUGUCAUUAUCUGCGGUUCUAACUUCGAGUGACUUGUUAAAAAAAUAUCUAGCUGGUGUACAAUUUGUAUCUAUUAAAUGGCUCUCAUCAAUUUCUUGCCUUUUUGGAAAUAUAUUAUGAUUAGAUUCCUAAUAUUAUGUCACACUAUGGUUAAACCUCCUCUUUUGUCCACUGUUCUUUCUCUAGUCUAGAGCAGAACCAUGUUAACGCUGUUUCACAGUACAGUUCUGUUAUCUUAGGUUUAUUUUUUGCGUUUCCAAGAUUUUUGGAUAUUCUGAAAAACUAACAAGUUCCUGUUAAUACUUAGAUCUGAGAUAUUUACUUUUUUUUUUUUAAUCGUGUCUGUUACGAUAUAACAUGUGGUCCCUGUUGAUGAGAGGAUGCCACUUAAAGGUUCAGUACCACGUCCUCACGUCUUCUCUUUUGUUUCUAUCGAACCUGUCAGCUUCUUUUUUGUUUUUGUUUUUGUUUGGGUUUUUUCGUACCCGUUGUGUAGACGCGCUUGUCUUUAUCUCAGACUGCGAUGUGAUUGUCUUUUAUAGUUUUUUCUUGAGUGUGAGGAUUGGCAUUGUUUGAAAUAGGUACAUGUUUGUAGUUAUUGGUGUUGAUAGUUUGGUGUCUAUUUUCAAAGUGAAUAUAAAGAUAUGAUGAUCACAUAUUUUGGGGAAACGAAUUUGUUGUUGUUGAAAUGCUGUAAUUUUGCAUGUGUUUGUUAUUUUCUAGACAAUCCUCUUCAUUUGUGAUAUUGUCUAAAGCAUUCCGUCCUUGGUAAGAAGUGGGGGACACUGUGUUGUGUCAUGGGCAGGAGCCAUGUCCAGUGGUGUUCAAGGACGAUUAAUUUAUUUUUUGAUUGCUCUUGACCAGCAUAAUAUAUCGGCAUCUGUGAUGGAAUGGUUAGGCUCUUCACCGUUGCACGCGAAAGACAUAAGUUUAGUUUUCAAAGCCGAUGGGAGUAUGGAAUGUUUACAAUAAAGUGGUAACUAAUGUAGGCAAGUGGUUUGAAAGCUUUCUGAUAUUCAUUUUAUUCCGUAAGCAUUCUGGUAGCAUUUUGCUUGGUAUUCUUCUUGUUCAGGAUUUCUCAAUUUCUUUUUAAAAAAGGGUCACCUUCCAUCACAUAAAGCCUGCCCGUAUCAAAAUCAACCGAAAGUGAAUAAUUCGCAAGUUUCUCAUUUAUUGAACUCCGAAGAGAACAUAUUAUAUCCCUUCCCCCAAAAGUAUGUAUGAAAAUAAACAAGCAAAUAGCGAGGUAAAUCUGUCGAGAUUAUAAUUAAACAACGUUCAAAAACUUUUUUUAGCCGCCUUUCUUCAGUCCUACGAUUGUUUUUCUUAUUUUGUCGUGUUGUAUUAUUGUGCUGCAAAAUUUAGCAUUCUACGUGCCAUUGCCUCUAAUUUGCUCAUUUUCGAUACUACUAGGAUACCAGAGGUUCGGAAAAUCAUUUAGAACGAACUCGGACCCGCUUUCGUGCCUCUGCAUUUGGAAAAUGUCAAAUCUUUCAUUGAAUUCCAGCUUGCCAUAAAUUGAACCCAUUAUUUGAGCCUUUUCUCACAUAGAAGUAUAAGUAAGUUCAUUUUUCAAGCGUUUCAGUGCUCUGCACUGGGCACUACUGCGUCCAGAGACAAAUUUAUUUUGAUUAAUGUUUUGAAAAUGCAGUACAUGUGUUUAUAGGGAGAGCACCAACGAUUAUGUUACUUGUAAACAGCCAACGCAGGAAUUUUGAUCGUUUGUGGUAUAGCGGUUAGGCCUUAGUCGUAGCACGCAGAAGACUUGAGUUCAAUUUUCGUGUGGGGAGAAUUUUUAUCGAGCAUAUCCUUCUCUCAGCUGGGACGUUGCAUCCCUUUCAGCUCGAGUUGGUCCUUUUAGGCGGGACCGAAGCCAGCCUCCUUAAUUAUAUGAAUUGUGUCUAUAGAGACGUGAAAAACUACUUUUUGUGUUGUAAAAAAUGCCCAAAGCAUGCGUACAAUUACUUUACUUUAGUUUUGUAUUAUAAGCAAUAAAACAAAGCCUCGUAUGCCCGUAGGCUGUCUCGUUGCUUCCUUCGUUAAAACGAACAAAUCAGUUUCCGUGUAAAGGCAGCCGCUUUUAUCAUAAUAUACCUAUAUACCAAAUAUUCGCUAUUAUGUAGUACCUGUGUUUUACCCUGUUAAACCCUGUUAUGUUGUUGUAUACAGUUUGAAAUGACAAAUAUACAAACAUCGCCAAAUAUCAAUACGUGUCAUAAGAAUGACAUAAAUGAUAAAGAUUGCGGUGAGAGAUUUUCAACGUAGACUACUCUGUGUCUGAAUGAUUAUGUCACAGUGUCUGCUUCUUUAAUGAUCCUUGUUUGUGUGUGAAAAUGGUAGUGCUGUUGUAUAUAUUAAUAGUAUCCAUAGUUUCAAAUAUUAUUUAUAUUUUAAUAACAUGUGUGAUCAAUGAUUACUGACUAGUGUACAUGUUCAGUGUUGCCAGGUUGUGAAGUUAGUGUUUGCUCCUGUCUGAUCUAUAAUUCGAUUUAGGUAUUGAAAUAAAAAGAAAAUAGAAAGUU